AUGGCACAAAACUUACCAGACUCCGUGGUCAAAUUAUUAAAAUCAAAGAGGUUUGUCCACUUGGCUACGUGCUUGGACAACGUGCCUCAUGUGUCGCUCAUGAACUAUACAUACUUCAACAAAGAUGGAAAGCACCAGAUCGUCAUUUCGACGCCUACUUGCACCACCAAAUAUAAGAACAUUGUUUCCAAUCCCCAUGUGUCACUCUUAGUUCAUGACUGGGUCGCUUCCAACCCCACGUCGACGGAAGAGUCCGGAAAUAGAAGAAACUCCUUGUUUGAAUUGUUGACUAACAUUAAUAAAUCGGAGAUCAGCAGUGUUUCCGUGAUGCUCGAUGGAGAUGCCGAGGUCGUUCACAAAGAUGGCGACAGGUAUGAGUUUUUGAAGUCAUUGCACUUGAAUAAUGGCUUUAUCGAUGAGGUCCAGGCCCAGAACUAUAUAACUAAGGAUGACAAUGCGUUGGUUCUCAUCACCAUCAAGUCGUGCAAGGUGACCGAUGCCAACGACAACGUCCAGCUGUAUUGA